AUGCAGGAGACUGAGGUCGAGGUGGGAACCUCCCGUGCAGCUACUAGUGCAGUUCAACGGGGGCCGAGCGACGUUGACCUGCAACCAGUACCCCUCCAGCCACAAGUGCCGCAGCCCGGACCUUCGCAGCCGCAGCCCGGACCUUCGCAGCCGCAGCCCGGACCACAGCCUCAACCCCGCCGAGGACAGCCCAGGCAGCUGGAGGAAGCUGUGUGCCGGGCUACGGCUGAGUACGUGCGGCAGGGCCAGUGUGCUGAUGCGAGGGCCCUGGCAGACCGCAAGUUCCACCACAAGAUGUUGGAGCAAAACCGGCGUAUGGCCAGCCAAGAACGGCUGGAAAACCAGCUCUGCCGCCUGACCGAAGAGGUGGGCCGGCUGCGCCACGUUCAGCAGCAGCGCCUCGACCAAGAGCGCAGGGCGAACGAAUGUACUCAGCGCCUGCUGCAGCAACUUUUGGAGGCCCUGGCCGGUGGGGCUGCACUAGUCACUCGCCCACCUCAGCCUCCUAGCGCCUAA